AAAGAAUAUUAACAAAAAUUUAAUUCUGUGAAUUUACAAUUGCUUUCCACCAUUGUGAAUAGUUAGAAAUUUCACACAUUUGACAUUUUAGCUAUUCUUAUAUUCCACCAUUCGCUCAAGGUACGUACAUGUUUCAUAAAUUCAGAAAGUGCAGCAAAAGAAGGAAAAAUGGCAGAUAAAGCAGUUGCAGAGAAACCCGCUGGUCGCCCAAUGAAAUAUCCAUACACAUUUUCUGCUAAAAUCGCUCAAUUUCCCUUGAAGUACUACCUUAAGAACCAAUGGAUCUGGCGUUACUACUUUAUUGCUAUUGGAGUUAGCAUUCCUGUUUUCUAUAAAAUCAGCAAACUCUCUAACUCACCUGAAAACAAAGCUGCUUGGGCUGCGGCUCAGGCUAAAGAGGCUGCUGAGCAUCACCAUUAAAUUAUUUAUUUAGUAUGAUGUUUUUUAUUUUGCUGCCGGAGACGUUAGUCAUAAUUAUAAAUUGUAUUUUUCAAAUAACUAAAUUGAUGUAGUUCGAUUUCAGUGAAAGCCUAUGACACCAGGCAAAUUAAUAAAAUAAAUUACAAAACUCAA